AGCCCGGGCCGGGCCGGGAGCAGAGGCAGCCCGGCGGGGAUGGAGGCGCCCGGCUGCUGGGGGCUGCUGCUGGCCCUGGGGCUGCUGCGCGGGGCAGCGGCCACCGCCGCGACAGAGGCGCCCACGGCCCACGUCCUGUCCCGCGUGCUGUUCUGCCAGCCCGACCGCCCCUCGCUGGGCCUGGCCGACACCUUCGACGGGGACCAGCUGUUCUCGUUCGACUUCCCGGGGGCGCGCUGGGAGGCCCGGCUGCCCGACUUCCAGCCCUGGCUGAGUGCCCAGGAGAGCAAGGAGCAGAUCCGCAACGACUCCAGUCUGUGCCGGCAACUGCUCUCGGUGAUCACCAACAUCACCACGGGCGUGCUGCCCGAGGCCAGAGGCACCCCCAAGGCCAACGUGUUCACAGCCCAGCCCCAGGAGCUGGGAAAACCCAACACCCUGAUCUGCCAGGUGGGCAACCUCUUCCCGGCCUCGGUGACCGUGUCGUGGCAGCGGCUGGGGGAGCCGGUGAGCCAGGGCAUCAACACCACACGGUACUACCCCACCGAGGACCUGGGCUUCCUGCUCUUCUCCUACCUGGAGUUCACCCCGCAGGAGGGCGACGUCUACACCUGCACCAUCACGCGGCCCAGGGACCGCUUCUCCACCGUGGCCUAUUGGGUGCCCCAGAACCCCGUCCCCUCGGAGCUGCUGGAGAACGCGCUGUGCGGCCUGGCCAUCGCCCUGGGCAUCUUCUUCAUGGUCACCGGGAUCGUCCUCCUCCUCAAAUCCCGCAGGCCCAGCCCCACAGAGUGAACUCCGAGUGGCUGGAAACGCCCGAAGAACUGUGAGGAGACGCCCCGAACCCCUCCCCGUUCCAGCCCCCCAGCCCUUGGGAACUGUGGGAAAGGCAGUUCCUGGAACCAGCUGCAGUCAGCAUGGUGCUGAGAUCGGACACACUCACUACACACGGGCCACGUCCGUGGGAACCUGGUGCCUCUCCUCCGGGGGUGCCACGCUCUGCCCCCUCCUGCAUUCCAGCCAUGCAGCGUGCCUGGGGCAGACUCCCACUCCCGGUCUGUGCCAGGGGUCGCCCCACACCGGCGUAUCGGUGCCUUAUCCAGCCUCCUGCUAAUAAAGGUCUAUU